GCGCCUCUCUGCCCUCUACACCUAAUUGAUAUCAGAAGUGCAGGGUUCUCUGUUUUGUGUUCGACGAAAUGUCUCUGCUUUGCGAUCUCGUUAACUUGAACCUCUCAGAUACAACCGAGAAAAUUAUUGCUGAAUACAUAUGGGUUGGUGGAUCUGGCAUGGACCUUAGAAGCAAAGCCAAGACUCUCCCUGGGCCAGUAAGUGAUCCUCAGAAACUGCCCAAAUGGAAUUAUGACGGUUCAAGCACUGGCCAAGCUCCUGGGGAAGACAGUGAAGUUAUCUUAUACCCCCAAGCAAUAUUCAAGGAUCCAUUCAGGAGAGGAAACAAUAUUCUGGUGAUGUGUGAUGCAUACACUCCUGCUGGAGAACCAAUUCCAACAAAUAAGAGAUAUAAUGCAGCAAAAAUAUUUAGCCAUCCUGAUGUUCUUGCUGAAGAGCCCUGGUAUGGUAUUGAGCAAGAAUACACUUUGCUGCAAAAGGAUACCAAGUGGCCCCUUGGAUGGCCGCUUGGUGGCUAUCCUGGACCACAGGGACCAUACUAUUGUGGCGUGGGUGCUGAUAAGGCCUUUGGGCGUGAUAUCGUGGACUCUCACUAUAAAGCCUGUCUUCAUGCUGGAAUUAAUAUUAGUGGCAUCAAUGGCGAGGUGAUGCCUGGACAGUGGGAAUUCCAAGUUGGCCCUGCUGUUGGUAUCUCCGCUGGGGAUGAGUUGUGGGUGGCUCGUUACCUUCUGGAGAGGAUUACUGAGAUUGCCGGGGUGGUUCUUUCCUUUGACCCUAAACCAAUUCAGGGAGAUUGGAAUGGUGCAGGCGCUCAUACAAACUACAGCACGAAAUCCAUGAGAAACAAUGGUGGUUAUGAAGUAAUCAAGAGGGCAAUUGAAAAGCUUAAAUUGAGGCACAGGGAACAUAUUGCUGCUUAUGGUGAAGGCAAUGAACGCCGUUUGACCGGACGGCAUGAAACAGCUGACAUCAACACCUUCUCAUGGGGAGUGGCCAACCGCGGUGCAUCUGUUAGAGUUGGCAGGGAAACAGAGAGGGCUGGGAAAGGUUACUUCGAGGACAGGAGGCCUGCUUCCAACAUGGAUCCCUACGUGGUGACCUCCAUGAUUGCAGAGACCACCAUCCUGUGGAAACCUUGAUAGGGGCAAUGGGAUUGUGGGUUUAGCUCAGCUAUUCUACUUCCUGGAAGCACCAAUAACUUGUUCUGUUGCCAUUGCUUUCCAUCUGGGUUGUGUGUUAUUUAGGUUAGAUGAUGAUAUAUGCCGUGUUUGAAUUGCAGUCCUCCCUACUACGGUAAUUGGAAUAAUAAUACCAUUAUAUCGAAAAAUGGGCACAUUACUUCUGCAAUUGAUGUUUCUCUCUUCUUCGGUUCCUAGAUCAGACUUCCCAUGGAUGGCAGGAAAAAUUCUUCAGUUU